AUUACAAAUUCUAAUAUUUCAGGUGUGGACUAAAAUAUAAAAAUGGCUGAAUAUCUAGCAAGUAUAUUUGGAACGGAGAAGGACAAGGUUAAUUGCUCCUUCUUCUUCAAGAUGGGUGCGUGUACGCACGGGGAAAGAUGUUCAAGGAUUCAUAACAAACACUUCUCCUUCUAUCCCCUUUCAUUCUUAUCCAUAGUUCCGAUUUAUUCCAUUAUACCAUAUCUGUCAUGUUUAUAUUAUCUGUUUUAGACAGCUGAUGGUUCUCAUUUGUCUAAUGUGACAGACGAAGAGAUGCAGGAGCAUUAUGACAACUUCUUUGAGGACGUUUUUGUCGAGUGCGAGGACAAAUACGGACAGGUUGAAGAGAUGAAUGUCUGUGACAACCUGGGUGACCACCUGGUUGGAAAUGUGUACGUCAAGUUUAAGAGGGAGGAGGAUGCCGAGAAGGCAGUCAAUGACCUCAACAAUAGAUGGUUUGGCGGUCGACCCAUCUAUGCUGAGCUGACCCCGGUCACGGAUUUCAGGGAGGCCUGCUGCAGACAAUACGAGACAGGAGAAUGUACAAGGUCCGGUUUCUGUAACUUUAUGCACUUGAAGCCGAUCAGCCGAAAGCUCCGCCACGAGCUAUAUGGGCGGAGUAUGAAGGGAGGCGGAGCCGAGAGGACCAGAGGCGAUCUUGUAGAUCUUAAAGUAUAAAUCAUAGUAUUUCACUGGG